AUGACGCUGCGUCCUACGCAGGCCUUGUUCGGGGUCGUAUUAUGCUGUCUUCUGAUGCCUUCACAAGGAUCUCCGGUAUUACCUAGGUCACCAAACUCAGAAACACUCUUCAAAGGCGAGACGAUACAACUCACUGCUGCCGUUCUCGACGCGAUUACGCAGGAUGAAAUAACAGCGCCGUACUCUCGGCUCUUCUCCUUCGACGAUAACCCCCAAAUUGCACACGAACAGCGGCAAAGAAAAGCUUGUAAGACCUUUCCGGGCGAUGAAGACUGGCCCUCUAGAUUGGCACGGAACGCUUUCAACAAAACUCUGAACGGCGCCCCGAUAUCCACCGUUCCGAUUGGUGCAUCUUGCUACGUGUCCAAUUUCGGGCCUAAGGAUGACAAGAAGUGUAGCUAUGUGACCAGUAACUUCAAUCAGCCAUCUGUGCAUGUUUAG